GGUCCCAGACUGCGGAGCGGACGCCCUCCGGCCAAGCGAAGGGACGCCGCCGGGGCGGAAGGGAGACGCGGGCCCGGCCGCAAGACGCCUUCGGGUGGGCUUCUCUCUCUCUCUCUCUCUCGGGGGCCGCAGCAGGUCGAUUGAGCCCAAAGCCUCGCGGGUUCUGUUCUGGCUUCCAAGCUCUUAAUGGACUUUGGGGAGAUGGAUCUGCCUUUGGAGCAACCUCCAACCCAGCCUCCAUCAGAACCACUACCAGCACCUCCAAAUUCCACGCCGGUGUGUGAGCUCCAGACUGCCGUGUCUUGUUUUACAGAGGAGACGGUGUCUUUCCUCUCCGUCAAUAGCUUGUUAAGCCAGUCCCUGCUCAGGGCAGCUGGCAGCCUGGGGGCCCAGCAGAAAGAUCAAGGGGUGCCCUCAGCCAUGGCCCGUCGCAAGCGUGAAUUCACCCCAGAUGAGAAGAAGGACGAUGGCUACUGGGACAAGAGGAAGAAGAACAACGAAGCGGCCAAACGCUCUCGAGAGAAACGGCGGGUCAGUGAUUUAGCCCUGGAGGGACGGGUUUUGGCCCUGCUGGAGGAAAACGCCCGCCUGAAGGCAGAACUCCUAGCUCUCAAGUUUCGCUUUGGCUUGAUCCGGGAUCCAGUAGAUCAACCAGCACUUACCCUGGGCGGUGAACUCCAUCGGUCAGCCACUCUGCCCCAGCACUUCACAGGGGCUCCUGAACUACCCCACUACCCUGGCACCUUCCACCCGGAGCCAGCUACCAGUUCUGAGGACUCUGGUUUUUCCACGCCAGGAAGCUCCAACUUGGGAAGUCCUGUCUUUUUUGAGGAGCGCGACAGGACAGAGGAAGGAAUUAUGUAUGAGAGGCAUUGCCUAGUCCCCGAGGCUUCCGCUGAUGGAGCUGAUCUGGGCCGUGUUGGCCGUUACGACUCUGGGGAGAGCGUCAAAGGUCUUCCCCACAAGUUGCGCUUCAAGAUGGCGGUAGGGUCAGAGGAGAUAGCUGGAGAACAAUCUGGACAUUGCUCACCUUCUUCACCAGGAGGAACAUGGAGAGGGCUGGUGACACGGAAAGAACCACCAACCACAGGGUGUUCUGCAGGUACCCUGGCAAUUGAGAGUACUUGUGAAACGGAAGUCCCCGGGGGCCCUCGAGAACCUGAGCCCCAGGCAGAGAACCGCUCCCUCCACUGUCAGCUGGCCUCCCUUUCAGCUGAAGUGGCCCAGCUGAAAAAACUCUUCUCUGAACAAAUCCUCAUCAGGAUGAAUUGAAGUGGGGAGGCAGGUAGAAGGAAAGGGGUCACUUUUCUCCCCUUCUUUUUUCUAGGACUACCAAGUAUUGGCUGCAAAAAAUUGAAUUACCACUAGAUGGUAGGAAAGAGCUAACUUUUUAUUCAUUUCUUUGCUGCUGUAUGAAGUAGCCAAGAAUCGUGCAGCCCAAAUCUUCUAUCCUUAUUUUCCUCUUUUACCCCAUCUUCCAGUGCUUCACAUUUGCAUACAUUUGCAUACAUUUGCAUAUAUUUAACCCCUGGGAGUUUACUUUUGUUGUAAAGAUUUGCAUUAAGGGAAGCCCUUCCUCCUUUUAACGGCAUGCUCUUUCCUGCUCUUUCACAUUCUACACAUUGAUUUCCCGUACAUGUAUAGUUAAGGGAGGCCACCCAGCGUGGGAAUGCUUGGUUCAGUUUUGGUGGGGUGAAUGGGGGGCACAGCUACUGCUGGUAUCCCGGAGAAAAAAGAUUGAUGCGGCUCUGCAGUUUGUCAGCUUUUGGGGAACUGUCCUUUUUGCCAUAUCUAAGAAAGAUGACACUCAUCCAGAUCGGCUCCAGUUAGAUACAUCUGUCCUUAAAAAGCAGGCAUAGCUACCCAUUUUGGAUGCUAGAAAUGUGGAUCUGAGGGCAGAGCCGAGGUGGCGCAGUGGUUAGGGUGCAGUACUGCAGGCCACUUCAACUGACUGCUAUCUGCAGUUCGG